AUGAGGGGCAGCCCAAGACAAGCGCCCAGCCCCUCAUUCCGCCUGCCAGUGCUCGGCCACCUGCACCUGCUGGCGGCGUACCCCACCAAUCCCUGGGAGGGCUUCAACGCCAUUCGCCGUCGGUACGGCAGCGUAGUGCGCCUCCAGCUGGGCGCCUUCCGCUCGGUGCUGGUCAGCUCGACGGAGGCGAUCCGCGAGGUGCUCCUCCUCAAGGGCGACGCCUUUGCCGACCGGCCGCACUUUGAGCGGCACGCCAUCAUCUUUGGCCGCAAUCGCCAGAAUGCCCUCGCCCUCUGCGACUGGUCGGACAUUCACAAGAGCCGCCGGUCGAUUGCCCACGCGGCGGUCAUUCCUCGCUUUGGCACGGUCACCUUUCACCGACUGGCCGACAGUAUUCAAGGGGCCCUGGGGCGGAUGCUCGGUGAGCUGAAGGAGAAACAGUUGCAGAAUCUGCAGACCAAAAACGAUGAUGACAAUGUUGGGGUGACGCUGACGCUGGACAAGGACCGCCUCCUCCGCCUCUGCGGCGCCAUCUUCGUGCACUUUCUCCUGGAGAAGGAGGUGGCCGUGGACAGUGCCGCCUUCAAGGAAGUGACCGACCGCUACGACUUCAUCUUCUACGACAUCAAUCAGAUGUACCUGUGCGACUUUCUGCCCUUUCUGGCGCCGGUCACCGCUCGCCGGUACCUAGGUCAGGUGGCGGCCAACAGCGCCGUGCUCAUGAAGUUCAUCAACGACCAGGUGAUUGAGCGGUACGAGCAGCUGGUGAGUGAGAAGAAGGUCGAGGAGGAGAUCGUAAAAGAGGCUUCUUCUGCCUCGUCAUCUUCAGCUGAAACCUCGGAAAAAACAGCCCUCGGAACAAAUAACCUCGACCAGCAGCAGCAGCAAACUGAGCAGCAGCAAACCGAACAGCAGCCAACACUGGAGGCGAAGUACGACGAGAAGAGCUGCGACGAGCGCUUCGUCGACCGCCUGCUGCUGCACAAGCAGUACCAAUCGAGCGCCCAGUUUCUCGACUUUAUCCUCCGCCACUACCUGGAAAACCGGACGGUGAUGACCUGGGACGAGGCGCUGUACGAGAUUGCCGACCUGGUCGGAGGCAAUUCGGCGGUGGCCAACCUUCUCGUCCGCCUUCUUGGGCACCUGGCCCUCAACCCCGAGGUGCAGCAGCAGCUGUACGAGGAGGCGGUCAGUGUGCUGGCUGGAAAGGGAGGGCCCGGAGAGGCCGAAAAAACCGUUCCGAUCACCCUUCAAGAUCAGUCACAGCUGCCGCUAACCAACGCGGCCAUCAUGGAGACGCUCCGCCUCGCCUCCUCGCCCAUCGUGCCCCACCUCGCCCGCUACGACACCUCCAUCGCCGGGUACCUGGUGCCCAAGGGGACGAUGGUCCUCUUCAACGUCUACCACCUGAACCUGUCGUCCGACCUUUGGCCCGGCCCCGACGCCAAUGGCCCCCUCUCCUUCCGGCCCUCUCGCUUUGUCACCCCGGAGGGCAAUGUCCUCAAGCCCGACUACUUCUUCCCCUUCAGCCACGGGCGCCGCUCCUGCCUCGGCUACAAGAUGGUCAACACGGUGCUCUUCAGCACGGUGGCCAAUCUCCUGCUGGGCUACCGCAUCGAGGCGGGCAGUGAGGCGAAUCGGGCCCGGAUGGCGGAGAUGCUCGCCCCCAAGGGCUCCAUUGCGCUGCCCUGCGAUGGCUCCUGCUACGACCUGACGCUGGUGCCGAGGAGCUGA